AUGUCAUCGACGUCGUGCUCUCCGUCCCUGGUGCGCUGGAGCGCGGGGUGUUCGACCCGAGCGCGCCCCCGACAGCACGCCGGAUGCAGCCGGAUAACAACCCGGCGGGUGACGUUGGCGACAGCACGUCAUCGGGGACGCACGGCCGCCCGGAGCGUUUCCUCGGUCCCCGCGGCGGCCACCGCGGACGUCAAAACCGGCGAUGCGCUCACCAUCACCACCUUUAACGUCCUCGCGCCGUGCUACCGUCGCGUGAAGCGGGAGGACGGGAGCACGGUCAUGGAGUCCACCCUGCCCGACGUCGCCGCCGCUCGGCAGGCGCGGGUCGUCGACAGCCUUCUCCGCCUGUCGUCGUCGGUGUGCUGCCUCCAGGAGUUCUGGCACGCCUCCCCGGAGACUAAGAGCCUGUACGAGGGACGCAUGGCGGACGCGGGGUACCAGACUUUCGUCACGCCGCGAACCGGAGGCCGACCAGACGGACUCCUCACCGCGGUGAGGUUGGAAGACUUUGACGUCGUCGAGCACCGCAACGUCCUGUUCAACGACUGCGGCGACAGGGUAGCCUCCUUGUUACACCUGAAGCCGCGUGGUGAGGGUCUCGGGGACGUGCUGGUGGUGAACACCCACCUGCUGUUCCCUCACAACGCCAACUCGACGCUCAUACGCCUUCGCGAGUGCUUCAAAAUUUUGGAGUACCUCCACGAGUACCAGGAGCUCGCGGCGUCCACCGUGGCGCAAGUCGGGGGUAAGGCGAGGCGGUUACCGGUGAUUAUGUGCGGUGAUUUUAACGGGAGCAUACGGGGCGCGGUGAGCAGGUUCCUGCAGUCGCAGGGGUUCGUGUCUGCGCUGGAGGAACGCAGGGCGUGCGAUUGCGACGGGAUCUCGAGCAACUGGGUGAGUCACAUGAACCACCACGGCGAGGCCGUCGGUGUGGACCACGUGUGGCUGCUUAACCCCUCGAAACAAAAGGCGGACACGGACGGGUCUAGUGUCGUCGCGCCGCCCAGCUGGAAGGCUGCCAUAUACGCCAUGAUCCAGUGCAAGAUGCUCGAGAAGGGACUCAUCAGCAACGAGGACGCGUUCAAGUUUUUUGACUUUAACGAGGACCUCGGGGUGACGCGGGAAGAGUUCGAGGUGGCGGUCGAGAUGCUGGGGCUCACCGGCGAGUCCACGCCCGGUCUGCUGUCGGAGGAGAUCCAGACACUGUACGACGACUGCGACAAGGACGGCAACGGUCUCGUGGAUUUCUCGGAGUUUAUCAGGAAGCUGGACGUGGAGAGUAUGGAGCAGGCCUACAGGGCGAUUUGCGACUCUCAGAACAUCGAAGAGGGACCGUGGGACGUGGUGGGUGACCUUAUGGCGGCGUCGGCGUCCCCGGUGGUGUGCGCCGGGUUCACGAUCGACGAGGACGACGAAGUCGUGGUCACGGAACCGGUCUUUGGCAAAAAACAGGACUUGACGGUUUCCAACGCGUACCUCCCGGACGCGAUGCUCGCCGGCACGUGGCCGGAGGACUUCGAACUCUCCGAUCACGGGCCGCUCACCGCCGUGCUGGCGCCGAGCCGAUGA